ACAGAGCGACGGGGGGGCCCCCACGGGGGCCCCCGCCAGCUCAGCGCGCAAGCCCGAGGACGCAGAGAGGGGCCCCCAGGGGGCCCUGGGGCCCCCGGGGCCCCGGAGGCCCCAGGGGCCCCCAGGGGGCCCGCUGUCGCCAGACAGCCCUGUACCCUUUCUCACCGCCACUGAGACCCAACAGAAAGUGGAGCGCUGGUGGAGGCAGGGGGCUCCAGGGGCCCUUGCUGAGCGGGGCGUGCAUGCGGAGAUUGAGCGUUUCAAAGCCACUUAUGUGCUGGUGCCUGGGCUCGACGCGGCGCUGGCGCAGCGCCUGCGGCGGCUAACUGCUGCUUGCUGCCGCCACCUGCCGCAGGGCCUCGCGGAGUCGAAGGAAGCAGCAAGAGUCAUGGAGCGGUUUGUGUGGCUGGAGGCGCACGACCGGCUGUGGCCUUUCUUCCUGGAAGCUGGCGAGUCGAAGCAAAAAGAAAUUGAACGGGGCCUUCAAAUCUUCAGAACUUCCGUGGCUUCUUCUUUAGAAGCUUUGGGUCUCCGUCGGGAGCUGCGGGGUACAGACACCGGGGAGGCGGGCAAGGAGGUGGGCAAGGUGCCCUCUAUGCUGCUGCCCCACGAGAAGCUGCAGCAGCUCUGCCGCGCUGUGGACGCAAUUCACCGCGCAUUCAACUCUGCUGUUGCUGCUGCUGCUGCUUCUAAGGGCUCUUUGGGGCUUGCUCGCGAAGAAGCUGUGGAGGUUUGCUGCGAAGACCUCGUGGCGCUGCUGGUGUUGGCCCUCGCAGAGGGGGGAGCAGCAGCAUUUGUGGCCAGCUAUUUGCACAUGUUGGUGCUGCUGCUGCAGCAGUCGAGAGAGGCCCGGAUGGACAAGGAAGCUUUUUAUUUAACUGCGCUGCACUCGGCGCUGACUUUCCUUUCGCAAGCCAGAGCUGUACAGACACCUCAGCCCCUCAGUGCUGCCUAG